AUGAACCCGCUCUUCGGCCCCAAUCUCUUCCUCCUGCCGCAGGAGCAGCAGGGGCUGCCGGGCUCCGAGCUCCCGCCUUCGCCCACCCCGCGUCCCGUAGAGACCCUGGCGGGGGAGCUGGGAGCUCCGCCGCCCGCAAGCCCCUUCCCGCCGCCGCCUGCCAUGGCCCUCCGCAAUGACCUGGGCUCCAACAUCAGCGUCCUGAAGACGCUGAACCUGCGGUUCCGCUGCUUCCUAGCCAAGGUCCACGAGUUGGAGCGGCGCAACCGGCAGCUGGAGAAGCAGCUACAGCAGGCACUGGAGGAGGGGAGCGGCGGAGGUGUGGGGGGGAACCGGGGCCGCGGACCUCCGCGCCGUGACCAGGCGGUGCAGACCGGAUUCGUCGGCCCCAUCCGCACCCUGGGGCUGGGACUGGGGCCGGGCCGGGCGCUGGGUAGCCCCGGCUGCCGCACCGGUGUCCCCGGCCAAACGCUUCCUCCUUUCUCGGCCGGCUCCCGCUUCAUGCCUGGCACCAUCUGGUCCUUCUCGCAAGCCCGACGGCUGGGGCCGGGGCCGGAAACCACCCUGGUGCAGGGGCCGGGGGUCUCCUGGGUCCACCCAGACGGGGUGGGUGUGCAGAUCGACACCAUCACCCCGGAGAUCCGUGCUCUAUACAACGUCCUGGCCAAGGUGAAGAGGGAGCGCGAUGAAUACAAGCGCAGAUGGGAAGAGGAGUACACAGUGCGUGUCCAGCUGCAGGACCGGGUGACUGAGCUGCAGGAGGAAGCUCAGGAAGCCGAAGCCUGCCAGGAGGAGCUGGCCAUGAAGGUGGAACAGCUCAAGGCAGAGCUUGUUGUCUUCAAGGGACUGAUGAGCAAUAACAUCACAGAACUGGACACCAAGAUCCAGGAGAAAGCCAUGAAGGUGGACAUGGACAUCUGCCGGCGCAUCGACAUCACUGCCAAGCUGUGUGACGUGGCGCAGCAGCGCAACUGUGAGGACAUGAUCAAGAUGUUCCAGAAGCAGCUGUCUCUGCACUUGUCUCCUGUUAAGGUGCCAGCGGCAGGGGGGCGGAAGCGGGAGCGCAAGCAGGUCAGCGACGACGACACCUCCCUGUCGGAGAGCGAUGCCUCCCGCAGGCCCGAGGAGGAGGAGGAGGACGAGACCACGGCCAUGAGUAUCAAUGAGGAAAUGCAGAGGAUGCUGAACCAGCUGAGGGAAUAUGACUUUGAGGAUGACUGUGACAGCCUCACGUGGGAGGAGACAGAGGAAACGCUGCUCCUCUGGGAGGACUUCUCUGGAUAUGCCAUCGCAGCUGCAGAGGUGCAGGGGGAGCAGCAGGAUGACAGCCUGGAGAAGGUGAUCAAGGACACAGAAUCACUGUUCAAGAGCCGUGAGAAGGAGUAUCAGGAAACCAUCGACCAAAUAGAGCUGGAGCUGGCCACAGCCAAGAACGACAUGAACCGGCACCUGCACGAGUACAUGGAGAUGUGCAGCAUGAAGCGGGGCCUGGACGUGCAGAUGGAGACCUGCCGGCGCCUCAUCACCCAGUCCGGGGACAGAAAGUCUCCUGCCUUCACCCCAGCCUCCAACAGUGACUCAGCCCCGAACGAGGAGAGCGAGGAGUCCGACCGCGACCCCCCCAGCGACGCUUCCAUCAGAUAA